AGAGAAACAAAGAAAGAAAGAAAGCGAAUGAUGUUGAAAGGCAAUUAAGAAAGAACUGUUUAAGAAGAAGAACUGGACCCCUCCUUCAUUUCCUCUCUGUCAAAUAUUGAUGAUUCCUCCUGUUAUAGCUAGAUUCAACCGCUUCACCACUUGAACAACAUGAAUCUCAAAUCCGAAUCUUAACUUCAUGUAUAUAUUGUUUGAUUUCUUCUUUCGUAUCAUCAUCAUCGUCGAUUAAGAAAUGGCCGGUAUGCUUCCUGGAGUUGAAAGCGCUCGGAGACGACGAUUUCAUCAGACUGGAGGCGGUUUCUCCGAUUCUACGAUUGGAACGGUUGGAUCCACGAGGAGAUCUUCUUUCUGUUUGUAUUCGAGCAAUUUCGCAUCUCAUAAUAGCUUUGCCCUGCAGAGAAACACAACGAAUCAGAUUUAUCAAGUUGAAGAGCUAGGAGGUGUAGCUAGGGUUGCUAAAGAUAGAUUGGAUGAAAGGCUUAAAGCUCAAUGGAAAUCUGAUUCUAAAAGGAAUGAUGUGAGGAAUAAUAAUGGAACAGAGGAUGUGAUUGGAAUGAUGAAGAAUAAGAGAUUGAAAUGGGGGAAGUUAAUAUUGGGAAGGAAAGUGGCUUCUUCUUCUUCGUCUUCUUCUACGUGUUCUUCAGGGAGAGAGCAGGAAGAGUGUGCGAUUUGUUUGGAGGGGUUUAAGGUAGGAGAGAUUAUGCAGAUUGCUUGUGGACAUCGGUUUCAUUCGGGAUGUUUGAUUCCAUGGUUAGAUGCUAAUGCUCACUGUCCUUGCUGUAGAAUGGGUGUUACUCCAUGAAUGAUGAAGAUGAAGAUAAACUCUGCAAUUUCUAUGUUCAUAUCUAGACGAUGAAGAAGACGACGAAGACUAAGAACACCACAUGUAGCUACUCUUUAACAUUUCCGGGAAGAUAAAUGAAUGAAAGUGACAUGUUUGUUUUUAUUCUCAUUUUCAAAUAAUCUCUUAAAUUAUAUAAUUUUACGAAAUA